AUGAAGUGUAGUGUAGUGUGCAGCUAUUAAAUGUCUGAUAAUAAUCCCCCUGGGCGCUUUGCGGUUUGGAGCCUCGUGGCCGCGCUCAAUCAGACUCUGAUAACAGACACGGUGGAGGAGAGAGAGAGAGAGAGAGAGAGAGAGACAGACAGACCGACAGAAUGGAGAAGGAUAGAGGGGAGGAGGAGAGGAGGAGGGGAAACUUGACUAUAAAUUCACUUCUCCGUCACUUCACUCACUCAUUUACUUCACUCACUCAUUCAGAGUCUGUCCUGUCCGUCAGGCUGAAGCGGACACGCGCAAAGCGGACACGCGCAAACAAGGGACACGCGCAAAGCGGACACGCGGAGUCGCAUCGGUUCUACUAAAGCCGCUCAUCCUCUCUUUAUAGACUGUCGCGGAGUUGUAAAAGAGUCUCUCCGUGGAGGAGUGUGUGUGUGUGUGUGCGCGUGUGUGUGUGUGUCCGACAGUCUGGAGGAGUAACAGAAGAGCGCUAAUCCGUUUCAUAAAAGUUUCAUAAACUUUCAAACACAAGGCGAAAGGAAGGAAAUAAAGUUCAUAUCAGAUAAUAAAUUAGGAAAAUGAUGCGGCGGGAAGUCCAUCAGGCUCAAGUCGUGCUGCUGUUGGCCGCCGCUGUGGGGUGUGUUCAGGUGCAGGACCACGCGCUGAUGUUGUCCAAUGAGAGGAGCACGAUAGAGAGAACGUACGAGCUGACCAAAUACCUGAACCACCAGCUGAAGGAAAUUAAAGACACUUACCUCUCGUAUCUCGGUCCUCCAUUCAGUGACCCAGGAUUCUCCCCACCAAGGCCCAACAUCUCGUCCCUGGCGGUUCCCAGCGCAGCCACGCGGGAGGACCUGUGGCGUGGUCUCGAGAACGGCGCCCGUCUGGCACAGAACCAGAGAGCCUACAGCGUGCUGCUGUGUGCUGUGCGUGAGCUGGCGCGCUCCACCUUGUGCCCAUACCUCCAAAGCUCGCUCCUUCACUUCUGCUCCGGCCUCAGCGGACUCCUGGGCUCCAUCUCAGGGCUGAUGAACGCCCUGGGCCACACCCCGCCCCUUAACGGCAACGCAAUGCCUUCUCAGAAAUACACACCGCCGUUGUCCUCGGCGUAUCAGCGGGAGAACGGGAACGGCCCGGCCCCUUUGAGGAACCACGCGUCUCGGGUUCAGAGCGGCCUGGGAGGAACGAGGGACGCUACGGCUGGGUAUGAAACCGACAGGAAGAGGGAUAGAGAAAGGGAGAGGGCUGAACGAGGGAGGAGAGGGAGGCGGAGAGAGGGGGAGAGCUGGACGGAGAGAGAGGACGAGGAGCGAGAGGAAGGUCUGGAGAAGUGGAAGAGGAGGAGAAGACUGCUGACUGUUGAAGAUGAGGACGACGGUAAACAAACAAGCCACAGCUACGAUCCAAACAGCAACAACAAUAACAACAUGAACAACACCCACACAAGUUCCAAGCACUAUUUCAGCAAAUAUGGCAAAGGCAAACACUAUAACAUCAACAGCACAGACAGUGAUGCCCGGCUUCCUACGGAAACGGAGAUAGAACGAAGGAUAAGCAGCGACGAAGAGGCGGACGAGUUCCAAGAGGACGUUCCUGUCCUCUUUUCCUCUCCGUCCCUCCAUUCCGGGCGCUCUGGACGCCCCAUAUCCUCUCCCCACCCACCGCUCUCUCCCCUCUCCCUCCUUUACGCGUACGAAGACGGGGUCACCGAGGUCGACUCGCACUUGAGCAUGGCCGCUCCCUCGCCGCGCCCUGCCCUCAACGACUUCACGCGGAAAGUGGAGGGAUUCUGGGUACUCAGAGAGCUGCAGAGUUGGCUGUUUAGAUCAGCCAAGGACUUCACCAGACUGAAGAAGCGACUCCGUGUCUGAGCGUCUGACUCAGUGUAUGUGUGUAAGUCUGUGUGAGUGAGUGAAAGCUUUUGGAUAAAGGAACUGAAAAGGACUCACACUUUGCACUUGUAUGGGGGGACAAAAAAGCAAACUCACCCGGACAAAAUAAAUGACGACAGAAGAAGAGACAGAGUGGCUUUUCAGAGUGAGCAGCGAGUCAGCAGCUUAAGGAACGUGAAUCACAUUUCCGUCUUUUUGAGAUGGACAAAAGGAAGACGUGAAGUAGAAAUAAAGGGCAGAGAAGUGUCUGCUUUCUCAUAAACUGACUCAGCACACAGUGACUCGUGAUUACUGGGCGCUUUUAUGCUCACACACUGUCACACUUCUCAUAACGGGCUGUGUCAUGCAUCUUUCUAACCACUACAGUAAGUGAGUGUCCACUUACUGCCAUAUUGGGCCUUUUUCCACUGCAAGCGUCUGAACCUUUGACACCAGAAAGCAAUAAAAGUGGGUUUUUUAUUGUUUUUUUUCCCAUUGACCACUACACAAGAUUGGUACCAAGAAUAGACUCGGGUUAUAAUGUAUACACAGAAUAACCCAGCACAUUAAAGAACACACAAUAGUCUAAUUUGAUCCAUAAAUCUU